CUAACAUUUGCCGGUAACGUUCUGCUCCGUGUAAAAAUAAUCACGUUCAGCUUCUUUUCAACGCACGCACACACACGUGUACACAAACAAAAUGAUGUUGCGGAUUAAUAUUGCUAACGGAUUAGCAGCGACCUUGCCUUGACAUUAAGUAAUAUUGUACAACAUCCAUUCAGCGUUAUAUUAAAGGGAUCUGUGGAAAAAUAAUUAACCGGGAAUUUGAUUCUGGAUGCGUAUAUAUGCCGGUUAUUAUUUAAUGAUGUACGGACAAAUUUACGUCAUCGAUGAGAAGCGUUAUACCACCCCUGAGGGACACUGCUGAAGUUGAUCUGUGUUGCUGUUGUGGCGAAACCGCGAAUGGCUCAUUAAAUCAGUUAUGGUUCACUAAAUCGUACGUUUACACGGAUCACUGUGGUAAUCGUGUGUGGCGGGAAUCGCGAUGCCCGGCCUCCGCUGGCGCCGGCUGACGGAAUGGCGCUUCGUCCUGGUGGCCGCGCUGGUCUUCCUGUGGUCCAGUCUCUUCCUAACGCGCCGGCCCGGCCCCGAUCUCGGAGGUGACGAGGCGGGGUGGGAGGGCUGCGAAGGCGAGGAGCGGCGCAUCGCCAACUACCUGGUGGUGAUGCGGACCAGCGUGGGGGCGCGCGGGGUGCGCGACGUGAUACGGGGGCGCGUGGGGGAGCGGGAGAGAGAGCAGGGCCGCUCCUGCAACAUGGACGUAGUGUUCCUAUUCGGCGGACUGGGUGAGAAUAGCUCCGCUGUGGCCGCGUUGGCCCGUGAGACCGCCGAGACCGGGGAUAUCGUGCGGCUGGACACCGUCCCCGAUGCGCACUCGCGGGACGCCCCGCUGGCGCUGCAUUUUGCGCGGACGCUCAAUCAAAAUAAGCGGAGGUGCCGGUUGUACCGGCAGGUGAUCUUCGGACAGCAUAUGCAUAACGAGGAACGCCUAUUGGCGAAACCCAGCACCCCGGCGGAGCGUUCCAAAGCCAACUUCUGGGAGUUGGACGGCUGUCUGCGCUUCUCGAAUAUCCGCGAUAAUAAUCCGCUUUUCUAUGCUCAUUACUUUCCGCGCCGUUUGCAUUUACAGCUAGAAACUCAGCUGUCAUUUUCUUACAACGAGGAUGUGAUAACGCCGCACGAUUAUCCCUACCUCCUCGGUGAUCCGCAGCGCAUCUGCAACCGUUCGGACACCGGCGAAUACUUUGCCGUGGUGGCGGUGCACUCCUCGCAACGCAGCUUCGACAAUCGCAUUCUGAUUCGCGACACAUGGGGCCACCGGAAGAUCCUGCAGAAAUACGGGAUGAAGCUGAUAUUCUUUGUUGCGCGCAACUCCAGUGCGCCGCCAUCGGAAGCCCGGAAGUUGCGUGAGGAAAGCGACAGCUUCGGAGACAUCGUCCAGGAGGACUUCGAAGAGGCCUACAAGAACAUGACGCUGAAGCAGGUGGGCCUGUUCAAGUACAUGACCCUGCACUGCUCCCACCUCCGCUACCGCUUCCUCCUCAAAGUGGACGACGACGUGGUCUUCGACCUGCCCAACUCUAUCCGGCUCCUCACCGGGAUGACGCGCACCUUCCCCAACGGCGUCCCGCACCGCUCCGUCUUCUGCUACCACUUGAACGAGAUCGCCGACGUCCCCCGCUACAAGGGCAAAUGGUUCGUGGCACCGGGGGAAUUCCCGGGGAAGUUCUACCCGGCGUAUUGCUCGGGCGCCGGCUACUUCCUGACCCGGGAUCUUGUCGGGGCGCUGUACCGGGCGGCGCUGCACGUGCGCACCUUCUGGGUGGACGACACGUACAUCACGGGGGUGCUGCCGAACGUCAUCGGGGACGUGAUGCUGUACCAGCUGCCCAAGCAGUUCAGCGGCCUCACCGUGCAGGAUCUGGAGCGGGCCGACCCGGUGGACGCCUAUCCCGCUAUGUACUUCUUCCACACCGGGCAAAGUGCGUGGUUGUUCAAGAAGAUGUGGAAUAUCGUCCGGAAGCGACACGUCUUCUGACCCAUGACCUUUAACUGGUUAAAUGGCCCGGGGACACCGUAUCUGUUGACUGUUUUAGUCUUGUAAAGCUGCCGUAAAUAAACAUAACCGGUUUCAGUUACGCCAGUUUUCCCUGUUAACA